CUAGAAAAAUCAAAACCCCAAUAUUUCUGUUAGAAAUAUAGAAAAACCUACAUACAUUACAUACAUUACAUACAUUCCUUAACUUGCCCUAAUUGAGGUAAACUUUUGAAAUUCCACAUUAGCCCCAAUUAGAUUUGAGUCCGUGUAUGUAUAAUGUAUGUAUUAAAACUAGCUUUUCUUCUUCCCCACCUUCAUCCCUCUUUAACCUCCUUUAUGUAAUCUUCUCUCUCUCUCUAAACCCCUACUGUCUCUCUCUCCAAAUCCUAAAUCCAUUUCCCAAGCUACUUUCAUUUUUCACCCCACCGGAAACUAUUGAGAUACAUACGCCUGGAUUCACGUAUAUACGUAGCAUCCAUUUGGAUUCCGGCUGCCCUUUCAAAUCGUUUUUUCUCCGAUGAAGCUUCGCCGCCGAUCAACCAUGACGUAAUUUUCCUCUUUCUUUUCCCCCUGUGUGUUUAGGUGUGUGAAUCUUCUGGGAGCGACAACCAUUUUGUAGUUUUCGUGAGAUUCACGCCUCCGCUUUUGACGACCGUUUGUGCCGCCAUCCAUGGCGUCCACCGCCCCUGCUAAGUCUCAGCCGCUGCACAACUUCACCCUGUCGCAUCUCAAGUGGAACAAGGACGCCCAAUCGGGCGCCCAGCACCAGCGCCGCCGCUCCGUCAAAUCUCCGUCGCGGAGGCCGGCCGCAACCUCCGCCUCCCCUGUCGGUCAGUCACCGCUGAGCGAAACCAUCUCGGCGACGCCGCCGCGUCACCAGUCUCCUCUGUGCGACUCGUCGGCGCCGCCGUCCCCACGCGAGUUCCACGUACUCGGUGAUUACCUGGGAAGGCAGUGGCUCUUCCCGGCCCGCGACCCCUCGCGGAGGACUCCGGUGGGCCCCGAUCCGCCGUUCCAGUUCCGCAGACACGAUCUGGCUCCGGAAUCCAUCGCCUCCGGCAAGGGAAGAGCCGAUUCGGCCGACAACCAGAGGUUUCACUGGAAAGACUCGAAGUCAGACGGCGCGAACUCCGAGCGAGGCGCUCCGAAUUUUGAGACGAAAUCAAAGGCGAAAGAAGCCGACGGGGCUGAAAUCAAGAGAUCGAAGAAAAUCCUCAUCAAAAUCCCUUUCAGGAAAGACAAAAUCGACGACGAAAUUGCACAAGAAGAGCAGAAAAUCAACGAGAAAUUUGAGGAUGACGACACUCGCGAGGUGCGAGAAGAAGGGAAGAUCGUCAACAGCAACACAGAUGAGGAAACCAGGAUAUGGAACCUGAGGCCCCGAAAGCCAAUUCGGGUCUCGCUGAGUGAGAACUGGGGCCCGACGAGGAACCACCGCCCGGCCAUGCCCGAGAAGAAUAAAGGUCACCCCUCGAGGAACGUCAGCAGCAGAUCAGGUGAAAAUAGAGACAACGGCCAGAAGAAGGGCGACCGCGAGAAGAAGGAGAAGAGGAAACUGAGUGUUUUUCUCUCUCUAACCAAGGAGGAAAUCGAAGAGGAUAUCUUCUCUUUCACCGGAUCGAAGCCCGCAAGAAGGCCCAAGAAGAGAGCGAAAAACGUACAGAAACAAGUAGAUACACUCUAUCCUGGGGCGUGGCUGAUAUCAAUAACUGCGGAUUCAUACAAAGUGUCUGAAAAUUCUCUCAAGGUUCUUUUACAGGCUUCAUCCCUACAACACGGGUUAGACGCAGUCAACUGACCGAUGAUGAUGAUUAUGCCCAAAUAGAAGCUUCCAGGUUUUGUUAAUGGCCUAAUGAAGGCAAUUUAUAGGUAUAAAUUAGUCUCUUUUGUACCUGCAGCUGCAAAGAACGAGAAAUGUUCUUUUGUUUAUUUAACCAGUUCGAUUUUGCCUUUUCUUUUCUCUUUUUUUGAGCUGAUCUCAAAGAAUUGAGAGAUGAAAUGUUGGCUCUCUAAUUAUAUGUAGUGGCAGUGGUUGUAAAUAAGGAUUUCUUUAUCUUUCAACGUUUCAUUUGAGCACUCAUUUAGUCAUUUUUGUUGUUUGUACUUUAGAUUUUUGUCUGUUUGGCCCUGUUAGACAGAAAUUUGUGUUAUUUUUUGUAUUUGAUUACAUAAGAGACUUCACCCUGUCCAGUUCCCUUCUCUAAUUCCUUUUGUGUUGCUUUUGUUUGUCAUUCAUUUAGAAAAUGGCUAAAAGAAGCAUAUCAUUUUGAUGGUCGGUGUCCUCAUAACCUCAUAUGGAUUUCUUUGGAUAUGCUGCAUUUUUCUCUGAUAUAUCUCUCUUUCAGACCUGGUUAUGCCUUGUGGUAUAUAUAUAGAGAAGAUUGAAAAGAGGAUAGGAAAAAAU